AUGGCUGCCCCAGCGGUCGUCCAAGCCCCACGCUCAGGCCCUUCGAAGACCGAGACCUUCACGGACAACAAGCGGAAAGACGACGUCCGAAUGGCGAACAUAGCGGCGGCGCAAUCGGUUGCCAGUGCUGUCCGGACGAGCUUAGGUCCUAAGGGUAUGGACAAGAUGAUCUGCACGGCUUCUGGCGAGGUCAUAAUCACCAAUGACGGCGCAACCAUUUUGAAUAAGAUGGAAGUCCUCCAACCCGCCGCUAAAUUCCUCGUUGAGCUCUCCAAGUCCCAGGACGUUGUAGCCGGUGACGGCACUACCACCGUCGUGUUAUCGCUGGCGCAUUGCUCAAACAAUGCCCUCUCUCUUCUAAGUUCAG